AUGCAGAUCCAAAAACCUUGCCUUCUUGCUUUGUUCAUAGCUAUAUUCGUCUCUCACUCCACAUCCGCCGCUAGAUUCAACUUCAACACCUUCGACGGCUCUAACCUAGCCUUCCUCGGAGACGCAGAGCUCGGCUCCACCACCGAUGGCUCGAGCCUCUCCGGAGCUCUCUCAAUGACACGUGACAACUCCCCAUACUCUUACGGUCUAGCUCUCUACAUAGAUCAAAUCCCUUUCAGGCCCUCGAAUUCUUCUUCUUUUCUUUACUCUUUCAAAACCUCUUUCACUUUCUCUAUUUCUCCUCGCCGGAAAACAAAUCCCAAUAGCGGCCACGGCCUGGCCUUCAUCGUCGUACCCACCCUAGACAAUGAUGGCUCCGCCGGUAAAGGCUUCCUCGGUCUUCUAAACCGAACCAACAAUGGAAACGCUAAUAACCACGUUUUCGCUGUUGAAUUCGACGUUUUCCAAGACAAAGAUCUUGGAGACAUUAACGAUAACCACGUUGGUAUUGACGUUAAUUCGGUUAAAUCUUCGGUUUCUGAGAAAGCCGGUUAUUGGGUUCGGACCAGAACCGUGGAGGGAAAGAAAGUGUGGGAGUUUAAAGAACUAAAACUGAGCAGUGGAGAUAAAUUUAAAUCUUGGAUUGAGUAUGAACACGUCACCAAACUCGUCACAGUUACGAUCGCACCGGCGUAUCUUAGCAAACCGAAGAAGGCGUUGAUCGAAACCCAAAUCGAUCUGUCGACGAUUCUUUUCGAUAAAAUGUUCACCGGUUUUUCCGGUUCAAUGGGCCUUGAAGUCGAGCGUCACGAUAUAUGGACAUGGAGGUUCGAGAACAACGCCCUCAAAGAAACUAAACCGGUUCAGUCCAGUUAG